AUGACGAUUUCCUAUAACCGUGACGUCUCUUCGGUUUCGACACUUUCCUUCCUGAAACUGCUCCUCCGAUGGCGUGGUUCUAUAUGGAAAUCCGUGAAAACAGAAUUUGCACUAUGGAUUAUUUCGUACUAUAUUAUAUUUGCAGUUUAUCGAUAUGCACUGACAGCUAGUCAACAAAGAACAUUCGAGAAGCUUGCUCGCAACUUCAAUUCAAAGCUCGACUACAUACCACUAACUUUUAUGUUAGCUUUCUUUGUGAAAAUCAUUGCUGAUCGAUGGCGUAACAUUUUCAAUAAUAUGGGAUGGAUAGAGAACUGUGCACUCUCGCUUACUGCAGUUUUGAAAAGCGAAACCAACGAUGUCGAGGUUCGACUCAUGCGCAGAUCCGUAAUCCGAUAUUUGAUUCUUUCUCAGAUACUCACUUUUCGUGAUAUCUCUAUGCAAGUGAGACGAAGAUUUCCUCAUCUGUCCACUAUUGUACAAUCAGGGUUUAUGAUGGACCAUGAGAUGGAAAUGCUUGAAUCCGUGAAAGUAGCAAAAUUCAACAGGUACUGGGUACCGGUGAACUGGGCGUUGAGUAUCGUUUCUAAGGCUUACCGUAAAGGUUACAUUGACAAUGCUCCUUCACUCUCCUUAGCUAUUAAGGAGAUCAAUCAAUUUCGUACCUCUCUAGCCGUGCUGUGUAACUACGAUUGGGUCCCUGUACCUAUUGCAUAUCCUCAAGUAGUAUUCUUGGCUGUACGCUCUUAUUUCAUUCUUUGUUUGAUUUCGCGUCAAUACCUCAUUGGAGAAGCAGCGCCAAAUCAACCGACGAUAGAUCUAUACGUGCCGUUCAUGACGAUUCUCCAAUUUAUCUUCUUUGUUGCAUGGAUGAAGGUGGCCGAGGCACUAUUGAACCCAUUGGGAGAAGACGACGAUGAUUUUGAGUGCAACUUCCUUAUCGACCGAAACAUUGCAAUAGGUAUGGCCAUAGUUGAUGAAACUUCCGACAAAUAUCCAAAAAUGGAAAUGGACAUGCUGUCGGACCAAGAUCUCAUGUACACGAACUACGAGAAAUACGAUAUUGAUCAUGCACUCGUUGGAUCGGUGUCUAACGUGAAUCUUGCCGUCACUCCGACCGAUGUUUCGAGCCGACAAGGAUCUCUCGCAUCGCAAUCACCGCAAUCGAAAAGAUCUUCAAUCAGAUGUAUGCUGACGCCUCCCCUCGAAGGAAGCAGUGCAAACAAAAUUGCACCUGCCUCUAUACCAGCGGAUACAUCAAGUCCACUGACAUCAAAUAACCCAGUAUACUCUUCAACUAGAAGAAAGCAAUUUGCGGCUUCACUAAAACCGGUUAGUGAAGAAACAAUAAACUCGCAGGACUCAACAGACGGGUUUGUUGUAGUUAAGCUCUAA